AUGCGCCUGAUCGAUCGGACCAAUCGCAACCGCUGCCAGCACUGCAGGCUGCAGAAGUGUCUCGCUCUGGGCAUGAGCCGCGACGCGGUGAAAUUUGGCCGCAUGUCCAAGAAGCAGCGCGACAGCCUGUACGCCGAGGUCCAGAAGCACCAGCAGUCGCAGGAGUGCGCCGGCAUGGCAGCCCGGGAAGAGAGCGGCGACCCGGGCGACCACAGCCGCACCUACAGAAGAGUGUCCAGCACCACGCUCAGCGAUCUGGACGACUUCACCACGUUGCCCGACGGCCUGCUCUUCGACCUCCCGCUGACCCCCGAGGACGGGGGCUGCGAGUACGGCAACCUGGACAUGCUCGCCGGCAGCGCCGGCAGCAGCUCAUCCUCUCAAAGCUCGCCGGAACAGACCAACUUGGACUUUACGGAGGGCAACCACAGCAUCAAGCACGAGUACCAGCUGUUGCACGACUCCGGGCUCUUCUCGCACGCCAUCCUCAACCCGCUGCCUGAAGGAUGCUCCCUCCUUGAGCUCGAGCACAUAACUCAGUGUGUGGUCAAGUCCCAUAUCGAGACGAGUCAGUACAGUACAGAGGAGCUGAAGAGAAUGGCGUGGUCCACGUAUAGCAUGGAAGAGACUCGAAUGUACCAAACUAAGUCCGCUGAGGCGAUGUGGCAACAGUGCGCCAUUCACAUCACCAACGCCAUCCAGUACGUGGUGGAGUUUGCCAAGCGCAUCUCCGGCUUUAUGGACCUGUGUCAGAACGAUCAGAUUAUCCUCCUCAAAGCAGGUUGCAUGGAUGUCCUUCUGAUCCGAAUGUGUCGAGCCUAUAACCCCAUCAAUAACACCUUCCUCUUUGACGGAAGAUUCGCCCCCGCUCACUUCUUUAAGGCACUUGGCUGCGAUGACCUCGUGACGGCCGUGUUCGACUUGGCCAAAAGCCUGAGUCGUAUCCAGAUGUCUGAGGAGGAAAUGGCCCUCUUCACUGCCGCUGUGCUGCUCUCACCAGACCGACCGUGGCUGACAGAUGUGCAACAGAUCCAGAAGCUUCAGGAGAAGGUCUACGUCGCCCUCCAGCGCUGCUUACAAAAAGGCGCCGCAUCAGAAGAGAAACUCGCCAAGAUGGUGUCCAAACUUCCCAUCAUGAAGUCCAUUUGCAAGCUCCACAUCGACAAACUGGAGUUCUUCCGUCUGGUCCACCCCGAGACGGCGUACACCUUCCCGCCACUCUACCGGGAGGUGUUUGGCAGUGAAAUGACUUUCCCAGACUCCACAGAGGGCUAAGCAAUGUCACGCACUUAGGACAGAAAAAAAAAAACAACAACAACCCCCC